AUGUUGUCCAUUCGAAGUAUUGCGGCUCUGAUUGUGGCCUUUUCUCAGUUUGAUGCUACCAAAGCUCAAGCUGCUGGAUGGGAUCAAUGUAGGUUUUCUCUCUUCUGCUGUUUGUAGUUGUUCUUACGGUCCUAGGUGGUGGUAAACAAUGGAACGGGGCUACUACCUGUGCCUCUGGCUGGACUUGUACAUACUCAAAGUAAGCUCUCUACAAUCCACUACCAUUCUAUCAAUUUUGCUGAUCAAGUUUCAGCGAGUGUAAGUGCUCGACUUGGUCUUCGAAAGAGUUCAGAACACUAAUUAUGAAACUCAAGACUAUUCUCAAUGUAUUCCAUCAACAGCUGCUCCUGUCCCGUCACCAUCACCACCGGCACCUACAACUCUAGCCACAAGCACCACCGGCAGCACACCCACCGCAGCACCAGUUCCACCCACUACAGGAGGUGGAACCAGCACAGGAGGAUCCAACAGCAUCAAUGAAAAGUUCCGCGCCAUAGGGAAAAAAUACUUCGGUGUAGCAACGGACCAGAACCGUCUCACCGCCGGAAGCAACUCAGCAAUCAUCAAAUCAAGUUUUGGACAGGUGACUCCCGAGAAUAGUAUGAAGUGGGACAGUAUAGAAGCCUCACAGGGGUCUUUCAAUUUUGGGACCUCGGAUUAUUUGGUGGAUUUCGCUACGACUAAUGAUAAGUUGAUUAGGGGACAUACACUUUGUGAGUUUCUUUAUUUUCGGCAUAGGGCUGGGGAAGGAUAGAGAGCUAAUAUCUGUUAGGUUGGCAUUCUCAACUUCCGAGUUGGGUGAGUAGUAUUAGUAGUGCCAGUACACUUACGGCUGUUUUGGAGAAACAUAUAUCUACGGUGAUGGGGCGGUACAAGGGGAAGAUUUACGCUUGGGUUAGUUUCCUUCCAGGAAUCUUGUUGUCCCACAAACUUACUUGGCUAGGAUGUCCUGAAUGAGAUCUUCGACGAGAGCGGAAACUUGAGAUCAUCAGUCUGGUAAUGGAGCUUCCAUUUUGCUUCUUUUUCUAGAUUCCUGGUCCUGGUGGUCAGGUGAAGUUUGAUCCUUACUUCUACUUGACGCCCUUCCCAAGGGAGCUUCCGGCAGAGCAGAAUAAAGACUAGAAUCCAUUUUUGUUGGCUUGACAUAAGUCCGGCUAUCUAUUUGUUCUAGUCACUUUCACCAACCAAAACGAUCGACCUAAGAUCGACAUAAAUAGCAUCUCAGCCACUUGUCUACUGGGAAGGGGUGAACAUACGCUAAUGAUGCACAGGUCAAAUGUCCUAGGAGAAACUUUCGUCUCUAUCGCAUUCAAAGCCGCGAGAGCAGCAGAUCCAAAUGCAAAACUCUACAUCAACGACUACAACCUCGAUUCCGCGACCUAUGCCAAGGUCACUAAUGGAAGUUCGUCACUCCCAUCAUGUCUCCUCUCUGGAACUUGCUAAUCAAGCUUUCUCCAGUGGUGGCACAUGUCAAGAAGUGGCUCGCAGCAGGAAUUCCCAUCGACGGCAUCGGAUCACAAGGCCAUCUGCAAGCGAAUCAAGGCUCAGCUGCUCAAGGGGCUCUUCAGGCCCUCGCUGCUUCGGGUGUAAGUGAAGUGGCGGUUACGGAGUUGGAUAUUGUGGGUGCGUCUGCGAGCGAUUAUGUGGCUGUUACGAAUGCUUGUUUGAAUGUUCCUAAAUGUGUUGGGAUUACUGUUUGGGGAAUUAGAGACCCUGUGAGCACUUCUUCUUUUUUGUUUUGUUUUGGGGCGUGAUAAAAGGAUAAUGCGAAUUGAGGAGCUGCUAACGUGUUUCUUUUGUAUUUAGGACUCUUGGAGAGCGAGUAAUAAUCCUUUGCUUUACGAUGCUAGUUAUAAUCCAAAAGCAGCUUACACUGCUAUUUUGAAUGCCCUAUAG